UUUGCUCCCCCUCUUAGCGCUAUGUGUUUUAAACAAGACCACCUCCCCGAGAAAGGUUGUUUCCCCAGGUGAGGAUUUUUUCCCUGAAGUUAGGGAUUAACAGGACUAAGGAAGAGGAUAAAUAAGUGAAACCCCCUAGUGUACAGAAAUACUAUGUACUACUUAUGAAGAACUUGGACUAAGACUGUUGGCAAUAAAUUUGGGACUUGUUGGGCCCACAUCCCCAGGGGUCUGCCCACCAGGGAAAGCACCAAAGCCUAUACCCCUGGAGACCCACCGACACAGGGCAGUCCCAGGGAAGGGAGGAUAUAACCUUUACUGGGUAGGAUAAUCUCCUUCAGUCACUUCUUUAUAGCUUAUCAGUAGAGCAGUGACCUUGGAAUAUCCCUUAUAAUGGACCACAGAGAUUACCCUAGACAGGAUUAAACUCAACAGAACUAGAUUAACAAACGCCCUAACCUUUGGAAUAGAAUUGAUAGGAUUAAACUCAACAGAACUAGAUUAACAAACGCCCUAAACUUUGGAAUACAAUGGAUAGGAUUAAAAUCAACUGGUAUAAAUACAGAUGUAACAGGACAAUAAAGAGAGAAUCUGGUGCUCAGUCCAACGCAGGAGGCAGGAAGUGGUGGGUCGACUCUCGGAGCGCACGGAGGCGAACGGGAAACUAGUAUUAUGGCAGAACAGGAUGUGGAAAACGAGCUUCUGGAUUUUGAGGAAGAUGAAGAGCCCCAGGCUCCUACAGAGAGCACCCCAGUACUCCCCAAGAAAGAUGUCAAGGGGUCCUACGUUUCCAUCCACAGCUCUGGCUUCCGGGACUUUCUGCUGAAGCCUGAGCUCCUGAGGGCCAUAGUGGACUGUAGCUUUGAGCAUCCAUCUGAGGUUCAGCACGAGUGUAUUCCCCAAGCCAUCCUGGGCAUGGAUGUCCUAUGCCAGGCCAAGUCUGGAAUGGGCAAGACUGCAGUCUUCGUGCUGGCCACCCUACAGCAGAUCGAGCCCGUCAAUGGACAGGUGACCGUCCUGGUCAUGUGCCACACUCGGGAGCUGGCCUUUCAGAUCAGCAAGGAGUAUGAGCGCUUCUCCAAGUACAUGCCCAGUGUCAAGGUGUCCCUGUUCUUCAGGGGUCUUUCCAUCAAGAAGGACGAAGAGGUGCUGAAGAAGAACUAUCCCCACGUCGUGGUGGGGACUCCAGGUCGCAUCUUGGCACUCGUGCGGAACAGGAGCCUCAACCUCAGAAACGUGAAGCACUUCGUGCUGGACGAGUGUGACCGGAUGCUGGAGCAGCUGGACAUGCGGCGGGAUGUACAGGAGAUCUUUCGCCUGACGCCACGCGAGAAGCAGUGCAUGAUGUUCAGUGCCACGCUGAGCAAGGAGAUCCGGCCCGUCUGCAGGAAGUUCAUGCGAGAUCCCAUGGAGGUGUUGGUGGACGACGAGACCAAGCUCAGGCUGCAUGGGCUGCAGCAGUACUAUGUCAAGCUCAAAGAGAAAGAAAAGAACCGUAAACUCUUCGACCUCCUGGACGUGCUAGAGUUUAACCAGGUGGUGAUCUUCGUGAAGUCGGUGCAGCGCUGCAUGGCCCUGGCCCAGCUGCUCGUGGAACAGAACUUCCCAGCCAUCGCCAUCCACAGGGCCAUGGCCCAGGAGGAGCGCCUAGCACGCUAUCAGCAGUUCAAGGACUUUCAGCAGCGGAUCCUGGUGGCCACCAAUCUGUUUGGCCGAGGGAUGGACAUUGAGCGAGUCAACAUCGUCUUCAAUUAUGACACGCCUGAGGACUCGGACACCUACCUCCACCGGGUGGCCCGUGCCGGUCGCUUUGGCACCAAAGGCCUGGCUAUCACUUUUGUGUCUGAUGAGAAUGAUGCCAAAAUCCUCAAUGAUGUUCAGGAUAGGUUUGAAGUCAAUGUGGCGGAGCUUCCUGAAGAAAUUGACAUCUCCACAUACAUUGAGCAGAGCCGGUAACCACACACCUGACAUCCUGGAGCCACUCUGCUUCCCACGUGCUGCUUCAAGUCCUCUUUCUAGGCGACAGUGGGGCUUUCUUUUUCUGUUCAAACACUAGAUUUGUGUAAGAGUAAAUUUUUAUUAUGAAAAAAAAAAAGGAGAACCUGGCUGGAGACCCUGGCUAUGAUGAUCAACUGAACGCUGCCGCCGUGUCCUUCAUUCUUCGCCGACUUCAUCCACACCUAUGGGAACCCCUGGACCUGUUGGGGAUGGACCCCAACACCAAGAUUGGGCAAGAUACCCUCUUACCACCCCACUCCCAUAGUAGCUUGUAUUUACUGCUAUGGUAGCACAGUGUUUUGCAUACUUGUCUCUUUCAUGGGAGUCUAAGCUACUUAAGAGCAGGCACUCUUAUCUUGUUCAGCUGUGGGUCCCCAGUACCUAGCACAGGGUCUGGUAUUCAUUAUUUCAUUCAGCAAAUAUUUCUUGAGUCAUAACUGGGUACUAGGCACCAGCACAGUGGAUAAUGUGUGGAAUGGGAAACCCUUGAAGGAGGUAUCUGAGAAGCAAGGGGAUCUGUGAAGUCAAAAUUAUUUCAACAGAAAGACUAUUUUUAAAUUUUUUUGAUUCUCAUUCUCUCAUGAGCAUAUAGUAGAGUUUUCCAGAGACUACAUGAAGUGUGAUAAGUGCAACAGAUUGAAUGCAGAAACAUAUAAAUAAUUUCAGCUAAUUUUAGGCCAAACAUUAAAGGGAUUUGCAAAAAUGUAAAACAGUACCACUCUUCAAACUAAUUUCUUUUUGUUUUGCAAGAUAUGGUUAAUUUUCAUAAA